GAGAAAUAAAAUAGAGUUUCUCUCUCUAUAUUGGGUGGAGAGAGAGAGAGAGCAAUGGAGUGGUCAUCAACAUCAUGGGGGUCUGGAACCAUGAUGCUAGAACAAGCAAAAGAAGAGUUGCAGAUACUGGAAACACAGUACCCCAACCAGUUUGGCUAUUUAAAACAAGAACUCAAAUCCUUCAUCUUUCUACUUGAAUCCCAAAAUUUAGGUGCCAAUUCAAUCUCUUUGUCCACCUCUUCCUCUGUUAUCACACAAGAAUCAACAGCCAAGAAGAGAAGGAAGAUUAGUUCAGAAUUAGAGGGAGGAGUAAUGGAGGUUGAAAUUGAAGGUCCUAAGCAAAAAAAACCAAGGGGUGAUUGUGAUGUGUACAUGAACGAGAAGAGGGACAGGGUUGAUUUGGUCAUUGAGAGGGCUCAAGCUUGUCUCCACAAAAUUCAAAGAUUCAAAGCUUGCUUUGGCUGAUCAGAGACCAUGGAAGGACCCAAACUAAGCAACUUGAAUGCAAUUAACUGUUUUCUCUUUUUGCAAUCUCUUGUGUAUGCUGAAAAGGUGCAAACCCAAAAUUGAAGGAAUUUUGUAACGUUGGGAGUGUAUAUAUACCUUUAAAUUGGGUGAUUUUACUUGUAUUUAAUUCCAUGUCUAUGGCAGGGUUGUUUUUGUUUGGAUGUAAAAUAUAUAUUUUUAAUUUUCACAUGUUUG